CGGAAAGUCUCGUCACGUGACUCACGAGAUAUAACGUGAAAACUUACUUCCGGGCAGUUGCCCAGGAUGGCUUUAUCAAUAAUGUACUGGGCUCGGUACGUUGAAAGCCACACAAAACUUACCAGGAAAAGUGAGAAAGCUGUGGAUAGCGACAGGGUUUUAAAAUUUGUGUUAGAUAAAGAGUUUCGCGUUAUUACUGCGGUUGUGCAAGCGUCAAUGCGAGACACAUCUUACAAAGUUCAGAUAUUUCUGGAAAAUGAAGAAAACAGUACUGGUACUAUUAAGUCAUCGACGUGUGAAUGUCCAAUGGGCCAGUUUCGCUGCCACCAUGUAGCUGCAGCUCUUCUGUUUGGAUAUAAGAGGGCAAGCAAGACAGAUGUGAGAUGCAGCUGGAUCAAGCAUCCUAAAUCUGCUCCUCCUAAAGCCAUAACAACAAUGGGGGAAAUGUAUCCACCCAGGCAAGAUUAUAGAGCAUUAAAAAGAGAGAUGACAGAUGCAGAUAGAUCAUAUUUGUAUGAUCAGCUAGGUCAUUUGGGUAGAUUUACAGCUUUGCACUGGAUUUUAUCAAAUGAGCCUGAGUGUGAGGAAAUGCCAGUAUUACUUAUUGAAGACAAGCUCAUAAGUGAAGAGUACUUGAAUGUUCAGUGCAAGUCAUCUUAUUUAAGGGAGAAACUUGUCAUUUGUUCAGAAAAGAUAAUUGAAACAGCAUGGCUGACUACAGGACAAAGAGAGAACUCUUUUUGGGCAGCUGUUCGCAAAUUGAGAAUUACUGCAUCUAAUUUUGGACAAGUUAUUGGUGCUAUUAGAAGAAAUCGGCUCUCAGUAUCAUUAAAGAAAAGAUUACUCAGUGCAUAUAAUCUUGAGAAAAGAGCUUCUAUUCAGUGGGGACGUACACAUGAAAAGAGUGCAAAAGAUGACUAUUGUAAACUUUCAGAGGUCUCGAUAUUAGAGACAGGCAUAUGGCUUCAUGAAUCAGGUGUUCUUGGUGCCUCUCCUGAUGGAUUUGUCCAAGGUGAUCCCAAACAUUUGAAGGUUCACCUUCAAGGAAAAGUGAGCGCAUCACCAGAUAUUAUAGAGGUUAAAUGUCCUUUCUCUGCAAGAGCAAUGUCUAUCAAGGAUGCCUGUACAAAUUUGAAAAAUUUCUUUCUAGAGUGUGACUCUGAGGGUGUCCUGCAUCUUAGAGAGAAUCAUGAUUAUUGGCACCAAGUUCAAGGCCAGCUUUAUCUUACAGGCACCACUUGUUGUGAUUUCGUAGUUUGGACACCAGUAAGCAUGGAAGUCAUUCGCAUCCUUCGAGAUGAAUUCUGGGAAAUUCACUUGAAAAACAUGAUUGAAUUCUACUUUAAUGUGUUUCUACCCUCUCUCCAGUAAAAUUUUGACUGACUUUAUAUUGUACAUGAGCAUACAUGUAUAUUGGUGCACUCAAAAUUUAGCUCAAUCCUCUUCUUCAGUAUGAU